AUGGCGCGCAAGAAGGCUCGGCAGAGCGUUGCCAUAUCGGACAAGUGUUUUCGUCUGCUGCGGUUGGCCCACGAGAUCCAAACCGACGUCAAAGUGCUGAAGGCGGUGGUGGAUGAGGUCGACGUGCUGCGCCUGUGUCGCUCGCUGGGCAUGUCCGUGUCCAGCGAGAGUAACUCAACGCACGAUUUUGAGUUUGGCAUGUUCAAUGCCAGCGACUACGACGCUGACUUUGCGCGAUUCAUUCGAGAGAAGCUGAGUGAUGGAAGCGGCUGCAGUGCGCAGCAAGAGGAAGACGGUGAGGGCGAAGAUCUGUUGGAGAUCAGCUGCUUGUUCGGCAAACAGCUCGAAAUCAAAGCUGAGCUGGCUCGGAUCGGAUUCUGGAGCAGCGAAUGCGAAGACGGGCUGCAACCUGAAGACCAAGGCGUGUACUGCAUUGAACGGGGCGACGGGGCUGGAAGUCGUCGUCAGUUUGUCGUGUUCGCUUGGCUGGACGCGGAUCUGUUCAAGCCGGAAGCUAUUCGGGAUACCCCGGCGUACGUGCUCCGAUUCCUGAUCACGCUAAGCGCCAGUAUCACUUCGCGAUGGAAAUCGUGCUCAGUUUCGUUCCGAGUGCAGAAGCAAGUGGAGCAAGACGACAGCAUUUCUUGC